AUGUGUAUGUCAGUGAUAGCUGUCAGACCAGUCAAUCAACACGCGCCCACGGAGCUGGGCGCUUGGAUUCGGUUCCCAUUGGCUAGAGCGACCGACCAGUUGGACGGGAAGCAUCUAGCAGGGGAGAUUAUCAGUCUUGAGUUGGAGGAGAAGCACUACGGCUCACCAGCGUGGGAUCUGAGGAAGAAAGCGGAUGAAAUAACUGAAGAAUUUGCCGCCCUGUAUACCCUCAGACGCUUUUAA